UCAAUAAACAGGACAAGAGAGGUCACGUGUGGUGGGACAAAUUAAUUAGGCCCAAUAUACUGGAUGUCCUGGCUAAUAUGGGACAGUUGGCAACCCACUUUUUUCGCGUGAUUAAUGCCUGGUUGUGAUUUCUUCUUUGAGUUUCAGCCAAUCAUGGUGAAGCAACUCACCCUUUAACCAAUGAGCGUUAGGGUUGUGUUAUCGCUUUGGCUGCGCGAGCGCUCGCAGGGCGGAGCGACAGAGAGGUUUGGGUUCAGAUUCAGAAUGUGUGCAGGAGUUUGAGUGGAGACAGAAGAGAAAAUGAGACAGCAAAACAGCCGAUGGGCAAGAGUGUGCUGUAAUAAAACAGCGUAAUGGCCUUGAUACAAGCGGACACUAAUGGCAAAGGGAACGGUCUAAUCAAUACUCUGCAAAGUGGCGUCAGAAAACUCUGUCCAAGUUCUAAAACAGCUAACAUGCAGCCAAAGGACACGGAGUUCAGCACACAAGGUCUCCCAAAAGCUUUCCUUCACAGUUUACGGACUUUAUUCGAUAUUCUGGACGACGGAAGACGGGGUUAUGUGCAUAUAUCUGAGAUUGAGAGCCGAUGGCGCGGCGCGGAGGCUCGCGAUCUACCCGCGGGUGUUCUGGAGAGUCUAAGGCGCGUCGCUCCGCGUCACGGCUGCCUGACCUUCGAGCGGUUCGUCGCGGGACUCAGAAACGCGAUGUUCAAUCCCGAAAACGGCAGCAGAUCGAUCGCUUUAAACCACCAACAGCAGCUGAAACCCCAGCAGAGAGCCGUGCGUCCGCUCGGACCGAGUAACGGAACAAACACACUCCACAGCCGCCAGAACGGACCGCAGGACAGCUCUGUCUAUUCCGCGCUUUAUCCGGGGCUCUCGGUCGCAUCCCGGGGCUGCGGAGGACUCGAGAGAACGGACUGUUCGUAUCGAUCCGAUCCGAUACACAUCGGGAAAAACGCACAUCAGAUCCGAUCCAUUGAAUCGCUCGCUCUGGAAUCUCCUGAUGCCCAAAACACGGCAGAGAGCAGUGGUCUGCCUCGGUCAAAGAGUGAAACUAUGACAGGAUUAACACGAUCCCGACGACACACGAGGAGUUGCGACGGGCAGAGACGCCACACCAUCACAAAUGGAGUGGAUUAUGGGAUGCUGAAGCAGAUGAAGGAGCUGGAGCAGGAGAAGGACUCUCUGCUGGCUGGCCUGGAUGUGUUGGAGCGAGCCAGAGAAUGGUACCAGACGCAGAUCCACAGCAUCACUGAAACGCAGAGACACAUUGGCCAGAGCCGCCACUCCAGCGAGUUUUUGGCUGAAUCUGGUCAAAAUCAGUUGGAUGUUGUUCUGCCUAAACUACAGGACGUCACACGCUGCCUCAGCGAUUUACUCUCAUUCUCUGGGAAGACAUUCCCAUCCACCGGCUCCUCCAGUGCUCCUCCUGCUCCCGUGCCUCCUCAGGCCAUCCACAUACUGAAGGAGCAGAACCGGCUCCUCACACAGGAGGUGACAGAGAAAAGUGAGCGCAUCACUCAGCUGGAGCAGGAGAAAUCGGCUCUGAUCAAGCAGCUGUUUGAAGCUCGAGCUCGCAGCGCUCAUGAUAGCAGCGCUCUCGACUCCACCUUCAUCUGAUCACCAUCAGACAUCUCCAAUCACACCACACACUCAAUCAUCUGAGACCGAGAGGACCGGAUUCUCAGAGCCGUUUCAACAGUCCAAUCAAAACAUGAUUCACGGAGGAGCUCUCGUGAUUUCGCCUGAAGAACCCUACUCUGUCAGCUGAGACGAAAUACAUGAGACGAGCAGAAGAAUAAACUGGAUUUCAGUGCGGUUAGAUCCGACGGAACAGAUAAACACGUCAGAACGGAGGCUGCGGUUAAAGUUCCCUCCUGUGUAGUCAACAUGAACGGAACGUUUAUCUGAACAGUCGAUUAGCGAGGGCAGGUACUUAUGUAGACUUUUGGUUUUGGUUUGGUUUAUUUUAGCUGUGGUGCUUUAAUUAGUGUGCUGUUUUCUCUGAAAGAGUAGUGUUUUUAAAUUCCUCUCAGUUAAAGGACAUGUAAGGUAAAAAGGCUUCUUAAAGACGUGAUGUAGCACAAGCAGUGACAGAUCGUCUGUAUAAAGAUAGAAAAAGACUAAAUGUAGGGCAGGAUUAGUUCAGUCGCUUGUUGAUUGGAUGGAGGCGGAUGUGAAUGUGAACUUGCAGUAGAUUGUAAGAAGAGUGAACUAAAUAAUCAGAGAAAUCCUGCAUAGGCCAUUAGAGAGAAGACGUUAUGACAUGUUGAUUAAAAACCAUGAGGUCCAAAAAAAAGUUAUAAAUGCACCUCGAGAGCAUUUGAUUCCGUUCCAGUCAGGUGUGCUCCAUCUGGCUUUGAAUCUUUGAUUAAGAAGCCAUAUUAAGCUUCUCUCAGAAUAAUAAUAAUAAUAAUAAUAAUGUCAUUGCAUCUGUGACAUGCUCUCAGAUACCACAGAAAAUUUACUCUUAUGCCAGUUUAUAAAGAAGGACGUGUUUUUAAUAAUGGAAAUCAUUCUGGAGAGUUUAAAAGCAGAAACGUGAAGUUUGUUUUUGUUUAAACUCUUGGAUUCAUUCUUUAGUAAAGCGAUUGAUAAUUGAGCUGUUAAUGGCUCAUAAUGAUUGACAGCGCUCGUAGACGCCCUCUAUAGAUAUUAUGUUGAAAAUCACCUGAAAUAUUCCUUUAAAACUGGAUCUGCGUCAUUUUCACUCCGUGUCGCCGUUUCAUAUGGUGAGCUAUGGUUUCUUUCAUCGGGUUUAUGCUUUAUUUUUCACCUGACCGAUAAAACUAAAUUUCUAAGAUAAAAUCCCUGCUGGAUAUUUUGUGAUUUUAUGAACGACUACCGUGACUUCAUGGGAAUCAUUUCUGUAAAUGUUUCCAAAAUAUAUUUACUAUAUUAUACAGCCAUAUAUAAGCACAACAUGGCAUGAAAGUGGAUUUCGGAAAGAUCAAGAACUGGACGAUUGUUUUUCAGCCCUGAAGGUCAAACUGAGAAAGGAAGGAGGUUUGUGGACAUGUUUUACACUCAGCAGGAUUAUCAUCAGAUCGCAGUGAAUGUGGAGAAACGUUUGUUCAUCAACACCUUGACGAGGGGCACUAAAAAACAUGAUUUAUUUCAAUCCAGUGAAUCCUCAGUCUGUCCACUUGUUUUCUUUCCUUCCAAGUUUUGAGUGCCGUUGAAGCAUUUAUACCCGUGUGCUGGAUGAGAUUUGCUACUAACCUCUCCUCUGUAAGGCCCUGAUGAUCUACGCUGUGGCUCGUGGUUUUCAGUUAUUACAUGGAAUUAAUAAGCUGUCGAGUUUGCAGGAACGUGUGUGUCCAUGUUCAUGAUAAUAACAUCAUCAGAUGAUGAUUGCAGACGUAUAGUACCAGCGGAAGAGUGUUUUUCCCUUUCAUUGAGCUGAUAAUACAACAUUCACUGGAAAGAACGCAGUGUUUGUCCUCAAUCUGCAGGGAGCGAUGCUGAGCGAUGGUGCUUUGGAAAAAUGAUCCUUAAAUGAUCGUUAAGAGACUCUACAGGAGAACAGUCAAUGAAGCUGAAGAGCACUAAUGUCAUUAGAGGCUUUAUAUUUGCCGCAGCUGUGUGUUUUACAUGUGAAUCUCAUCAUACUGUUGAUUUAAUUCUCAACACUCCCGUUUCUUUUGAAUAUGUAAUCCACAACAAACUCUUCCAUUAUUAAAACAAGUCGUUCUUUCGUGACAUUCUGUUUUUGAGACAUUUUCUUCAGAAUCAAUUAACAUUUCGCUUCUAUAAGUUGUUUCUUUUCUCUUUUAUUGAUUUAUAGGUUAGUGUAUUACAUACUUUUUGGUUUUAAGUGACAUUUUCUGAAAUAAUAAUUUAAAUGUGCCUGUCUA